AUGGGGAGGAAGCUGGACCUCUCCAAGCUAACUGAUGAAGAGGCCAAGCAUGUUUGGGAAGUCGUUCAACGGGACUUUGAUCUGCGGAAAAAAGAGGAGGAACGGCUGGAGGAGCUGAAAUGUAAGAUUGACCAGGAGAGCAGCAAGAGAGAGUUUCUCACGAAUCAGUCCCACCUCAAUGAAACCCACUGCAUCCACUGCCUCAAAAAAAACAGCAAGCGACAAUGCCUGGACUGCCGCUUCUACACCUGCAAGAACUGCAGCCGCUACAACAAGAAGGAGCAAGGUUGGGUCUGCGAUCCCUGCCGUAUCUCCAGGAUAAUGAAGAUUGGUUCCCUGGAGUGGUACUACGAACACGUGCGAUCCCGUUUCAAGAGGUUUGGAAGUGCCAAAGUGCUGCAGUCCCUCUACGGCAGGCUGCAGCCGGGGCAGGGGGUGAACUCUACAUUUCUAGGUCUUCGUGACAGAGUUUACAGCCUGCCAGACAUUAACAGUGAAUGCCAGCUCCUCACCAGCGGUGGCACUGGGGAUGACAGUGAUGACGAAGACGAUGUCCUUCGUGGAGCUGAAGCAGAGUGCUACAGCAGAAUGCGCAAGACAAAGCGCCUGCUGUCUGUCCAUCCCUUUGAUUUUGAACUGGACUCGGAGUACUCUGCUCAGUCUCGCCGCCAGUCUGUGCAGCUCUCUCCAGCAGCCAGCAGCCCGGAUGCUUUCCAGUCCUACCCAGAUUUCCCCAACUCAGCUAAAGAUGCCUCCCAGGAGUCCAGGAUCGCGGAGGCGGAUCUGGUCUUCCACCACGUCUUGCAGGAACAGGGACCAGGUGUGAGCCCUCCGGAGCAGCACUUCAGCACAGAGGUUCAUCUCACCGUCAAUUCACGGAGAAGGAGCCUGGAAAGAAAUGUAAAACCUGGCAGUCCCUGGAAUGAGCAGCCCCGGUCCCGGUACUCUGCAGAUAUGGACACCUCUGACGAGGACAUGAAGGGAGUCCAGUACCCUGCCUACCCUCCCCACCACAUGAAACGCCGGAACAGAGCCUCCUCCCAGGAGAACCUCAGCCACUCUGGGAAUCAGCCUCCGGCCCCAGAGCCCCAGCUUGACCUCAAUGCUGAGGAGGAGGAGUUGAAGAGGAAGCUGGAGGAGUUGGCUAGCAACAUCAGCGACAAAGAAGUCUCUUCUGAAGAAGAGGAGUGUGAAGAAAAGAAGAGAGUGAAGAAGCCAGAGAUGAGUUCCUCCAGUGAUGACAUGGCCAGAGAUGCUCGAAAGAGGUCGUCAGCUCAGGCUUUGAGCGAAAUCACGGCCAAAGUACUGAGAGCCAUAAAUGUCACGGAGAAAGCAGUGUGUGAGUCGUUGCAUGGAGAGAGGCAGUGCAACGGCAGCUGUGCCCUCCCCACAGGGCAGCUUCCCAGCCUGGGAGACGUGAAAGAGGUGGCCGAAGCGUACCAUGAGCUUGAAGAAAAUGUGUACCUGACUGCUGGGAAGACCUACCGGCUUGAGAAGACCCUGAAGGAGCUUGAGGAAGGGGCUCAGCACAACGGCACUACCGACUCAGAGCUGUCAGAGCUGGAGGACAAAGUGGCCUCGGCAGCUGCUCAGGUGCAGCAGGCAGAGAGCGAGAUAUCAGACAUCGAAUCUCGAAUUGCAGCUCUGUCUGCUGCAGGGCUGACAGUGAAGUCAGUGGAAAAGGCAAGGAAGAAGUCGAGCGAGCAGGCUGCCUGCCUCCACUCUCCUAGUCCCACCAGCAGCAGCCCAGGGGAGUCUUCGGAUGAUGUUAAAGCGAUGCCCAGACCACAGGGGUUCAGGAGGAAGUUCAACAGUUCCCUCGAAAUCACCGGUCUUGAUGACUCCUUCGACCGCAACUCUGUUUACCGUGGCUCCCUGACACAGAGAAACCCCAACGGGAAGAACAGGAGGGUGGAGCGACUCUUUGCGAAGCCUGUGAUGACCCACCUGUCCUGA